UAUCAGCCGUCGAUGUACGUGCGCGAAAAUUCGGUGCCACAGGUCCGACGAGCGUCCGGGCGGUCCAUGACCGCAGGGCACGUGAGUCGUCCUCGACAGCCUUGUGUAUCCACAAGUAUACACGUAUAACCCAAGAGAACGGGCGCGGAACGCUUUGCUUUUCAGAAUUAAACCCACCACUACCCACCUACGACCAUCCAUUUGCAAUGUCGAAAGGACCAACCAUGAAGGCUGUCUCCGUCCGCGACGGUCGCGGCCCCGCUUCCUCUCUCUACAUCAAUUCGAGUGUCCCAGCUCCCGUUGCGAGCGCUGGCCGAGUCCUCGUCGCCAUCAAGGCAUUUGGGCUCAAUCGGAUGGACAUCAUGCAGCGCGAGGACCGGUAUCCGUAUCCGCUUCUGCCGGAAUCGGGCAAGAUAAUGGGCGUCGAGUUCAGCGGCGUCGUGGAGGAGGUUGGGGAGAAGUGUAACUUGGGAUUCAAAGUGGGAGACAAGGUCUUUGGACUUGCCUACGGUGGUGCCUAUGCCGAGAAGAUUUCUGUCCCUGAGAGGACACUGAUUCCUCUCCCUCCAACGCUGGACUUCAAAACCGCGGCAGCUAUUCCAGAGACUUUCUUCACAGCGAUCCAAGCCCUACACCUAGUCGGUGGCCUCGCGCAGGGCGAAUCCGUCCUGAUUCACGCCGGGGCCUCGGGCGUCGGGCAAUCCGCCAUCCAAGUAGCGCGGCACGGCGGGGCUAGCAAGAUCAUCGCCACAGCGGGCACCGACGAGAAAUGCGCACUGUGCAAAGAACUCGGGGCUGACGUUGCAGUAAACUACCGGAAAGAAGAUUUCGCCGAUGUGGUGCAGCGAGAGUUUGGAGGGAAGGGAGUUGAUCUGAUCAUCGACCUCGUGGGCCAGAGUUACUGGCAUCGCAACGCGGCAUGCGCAGCUAUGGAGGCGCGAAUCGUGCUUGUGGCUGCGCUGAGUGGGAGCGUGAUUGACAAGUUUGAUCUAAGAGCGCUGCUGAAUAAGCGCUUGUCAGUGCUGGCUACGACGCUUCGGACACGUAACGCCGAGUACCAGGCGGCGCUGCGGGAUAAGUUUGUAGAGACGGCUCUGGAGCAUUUGAGCACGGGCCGCAUGCGAGUGACGCUAGAUCGUGUCUAUGACUGGUCGCAGAUUGCGGACGCUCAUACGCGGAUGGAGGCGAAUGAGAACGCAGGGAAGCUAGUGUGCCUGGUGAAUUCGUAG